AUGGUGGUGGCAAAGAAAUGCCUGGCGGAUGCGCUCAACGCGAGGACCCUCGGGUCCGGCGAGAUAACUCUGGUCCUGUCCCACGGGUACGGCGCAGACCAGACGAUAUGGGAGGAGAUCCUCCCCGACCUGGCCGAGCGGUGCCGUGUUGUGCUCUUCAACUGGGAUUUUUCGGGCGGCACCGCCGCCACCUCCGGCGUCUCCAUCUACUGGGCCUUCUCCACCACUCUCAUCGACCUGAUGGACGAGAUGGCCCUGAGGAGCGUCGUGUUCGUCGGCCACUCCAUGGCCGGCAUGAUCGGCUGCAUCGCCGCGGCCGAGAGGCCCGACCUCUUCCGGCGGCUUGUCCUCCUCGGAGCUUCUCCAAGGUAUGAUGCUGAGCCCUUCUAGGGCAUCUUCAAACCUAGAAUUGUCCAUGUCCAUGGAGCUUGCUUCCAGUCCUUUCGUGGUCUCCCGUUUUGGCUCCACGGGUCUCCCUUCUUUCCCUACAUCACCUACAAGCUGGUCAACGUCCGUUCCUUACUGGGGUUCCCAUACUCUCUCUCUCUCUCUCUCUCUCUAGAACUCUUCAUAUUUUCUGUCUGAGAUGUUCCCUUCAACGCUGCAGGUAUCUAAAUUCAGACGGCUACGAGGGAGGGUUCGAGAUGUCCGAGGUGCAGGGCAUGUUCACCACCAUGGAGUACGACUUCCACUCUUGGGCCAGGACCUUCGCGGGGGUGGUGGUGGGAGCAGCGGCGGCGCCGGCCGCGGCGGAGAGAUUCGGCGAGAGCCUGCGGAGGAUGAGCCCCGGCGUAGCGCUGGCCCUGGCGAAGGAGGUCUUCCUGAGCGACCUGCGUGCCGUCCUGAGCGCCGUGAAUGUCCCCUGCACCGUCAUCAACGGCACCCGAGACGCCGUCGUGCCGAUGGCCGCGGCAGAAUACGUGCAGCGGAAGCUCGGCGGCGAGGCCUCGCUGGUGGCGCUCGACUUCGAUGGCCAUUUCCCCCAGCUGACCGCCCACCAUAUCCUCCUCCACACCCUCUACAGCGCUCUGGGCCUGUGA